AUGGCUAUAGGGACUGCAUUCUUUGUUGCUCAGCCUUGCUUCAUUUUUCUGCUGGCAUUACUUACAUUAUCUUCUGUUGAAGCUACAGAGUGUCCACAACUAUGUGUAUGUGAAAUUCGGCCAUGGUUCACACCCCAGUCUACCUACAGGGAAGCUAUAACUGUAGACUGCAAUGACCUUCGUCUUACACGCAUCCCUGGAAAUUUGUCAAGUGACACACAGGUAUUGCUCUUGCAGAGUAACUACAUUGCCAGGACCAGUGAGGAACUGGAGCAGUUGCUAAACCUGACUGAACUGGACCUUUCCCAGAACAACUUUACCAACAUUCAUGACAUAGGCCUGACCAACAUGUCCCAGCUCACCACACUCCAUCUGGAAGAGAACCAGAUUGUUGAGAUGCCCAACUUCAGCCUUCAGGACCUUACAAACCUUCAGGAGCUUUAUAUAAACCACAAUCAAAUUAGUUCCAUUGCACCUAAUGCAUUUGCUGGUUUGCGCAACUUGCUAAGGCUACACCUGAACUCAAACAAGCUCAAAGCUAUUGAUAGCUGUUGGUUUGAAUCAACCCCUAACCUUGAGAUCCUAAUGAUUGGAGAAAAUCCUGUGGUUGGUAUUCUGGAUUUGAAUUUUAAACCCUUAGUUAACCUUAGAAGUUUGGUAUUAGCAGGGAUGGAACUUACUGAUAUACCUGGCAAUGCUUUUGUUGGACUGGACAAUCUUGAGAGCCUCUCUUUCUAUGAUAAUAAACUUGUGAAUGUUCCUCAAAAUGCUCUCCAGAAACUACCAAACCUGAAAUUUUUGGAUUUGAACAAAAACCCUGUACACAAGAUCCAGGAGGGGGACUUUAAAAAUAUGUUAAGGCUUAAAGAACUUGGUAUUAAUAAUAUGGGUGAGCUUGUCUCUAUUGAUCGUUUUGCCCUGGAUAAUCUGCCAGAAUUGACCAAACUUGAGGCCACCAAUAACCCCAAGCUCUCAUACAUUAGCCGAUUAGCAUUCCAUGAUGUUCCAUCUCUUGAGAGUCUCAUGCUCAACAACAAUGCUCUAAACUCUGUUUACCUAUCAACAGUAGAAUCUUUACCAAAUCUGCGGGAGAUCAGCAUUCACAGCAACCCACUGCGGUGUGAUUGUGUUAUCCAAUGGAUGAAUUCAAACAAGACAACCAUACGAUUUAUGGAGCCUCUAUCAAUGUACUGUGCAAUGCCACCUGAGGUCAGAGGCCAGCACAUGAGAGAGGUACUUUCACAUGAAUCUGCUGAGCAGUGUUUGCCAAUGAUAUCCCACGAUACCUUCUCUAAUCAUCUUAACCUGGAUAUUGGCAUGGCUGUAGACCUGGACUGUCGUGCAAUGGCAGAGCCUGAACCAGAGAUAUACUGGGUGACACCAUUAGGUAACAAGGUCAUGAUGGAUACUGUGUCUGAUAAGUACCAUCUGAACAGUGCAGGAACACUACAUAUAUCAAACAUUCAGGCUGAUGAUUCUGGUCACUACACCUGUGUUGCUCAGAAUACAGAGGGUGCUGACACUAGGGUGACUGCAAUUCGGGUCAAUGGUACACUCCUGGACAGCACUCAGCUUAUGAAAAUUUAUGUAAAACAGACGGAGUCACGCUCAAUACUGGUGUCCUGGAAGGUAAACUCCAAUGUGAUGACUUCUAACCUCAAGUGGUCUUCAGCCACCAUGAAAAUUGACAACCCCCAUAUCACCUACACAGCCAGAGUCCCUGUAGAUGUCCAUGAGUAUAAUCUGACACACCUUCAACCAGCUACUGAAUAUGAGGUCUGUCUCUCAGUUUCCAAUAUCCACCAACAGACUCAAAAGUCUUGUGUAAAUGUCACAACUAAGCAUUCUACUUUUGCUGUGGAAAUAUCUGACCAAGGCACCAACACAGCUCUUGCUGCUGUCAUGGGUACAAUCCUGGCUAUCAUCAGUCUGGGGUUCAUCUCUGUCUUCAUUGCCAAGAGAUGGAAGAGGAAGAAUUACCACCACUCCCUCAAAAAGUACAUGCAGAAAACCUCUUCCAUUCCUCUUAAUGAGCUAUACCCUCCACUCAUCAAUCUGUGGGAUGUAGACACUGAUAAAGACAAAGAGGGCUCCUUGGAGCCAAAGCCAAGCCAGGUUGACACAACAAGAAGCUACUACAUGUGGUGA